UUUUGCAUAAAGGAAAAAACAAUCACGUCGUAGCGCUGACACAACACACUUGAAAGCCCAGCAGAAAGCCACUGACGGAAGAACAGGUCCUCUUCUGACCUGAAUCUUAAGCCUUACUCUGGAAGCAAUUUCAUAGGUAAAUGGAGCUGCAGUAUUACCAUGGAAAUAUUACUAAAGAAAACUGUGAAGCAUUGCUGAGCAAGAACAAAAACAAUGGCUGCUUUUUAAUACGAGACAGCGAGAGCAUUCCAGGAGCUUUGUGCCUUUGUGUUUUCUAUGAAUCGUUUGUCUACACAUACAGGAUCUUCAGGAAACACAAUGGACAUUUUAUGAUUCAGGCUUCUGAAGGUGCACCAAAACAGGACUUCAAAACUUUAAAGGACUUAAUAGCCACCUUUGAAAAACCAAACCAAGGGCUAAUAAUCAAUCUGCGAUAUCCCGUAAAUAGAUCUACAUCUUGCCAACAUCCUCACAAUGCCUAUGAGUAUGAUGAUGACUAUGUGAAUAACGAACCCGGAGAAGACGAUUAUGUUCAGGUAUUGCCUGACUGACUGAAGGACCCUCGUCUCAGGUCCCUUCUACACUGCCAUAUAAUCCAGAUUAUUUUUUUUAAAAAAGCUACAUAAUUAUCUGCUUUGAAUUGGAUUAUAUGAGUCUACAAUGCCAUAUAAACCAGUUAAAAGCAGAUAAUUUGGAUUUUAUAUGGCAGUGUGUAGAAGGGGCCUCAGUUGCUCCAUUUCAUUAAGGAAAUCACCUGCAGUGUGUACUGCAGCUAAUACUGACUGCAGUUCAUUCAUGGAUGUUGGAAUCUGCCUUUGUUUCUCUCUGGAUAGUCUGCAAGUACCUAAAAACCAAACUUUUCAAACAUUCUUCUCUCUGUAUUCAUGGAGCUGUAAUCUAGACAUAACAUAAUCAGAGGAGUGAGGAUCACGCAGCCCUCCAGAUGUAGUUAGAUUAUAUCCUGCAGCAUUCAUCACCAUUGCUUAUGCUAUUGUUGCCACAACUUACUAGUGUAUAUAAAACGGCACCCAGAGGGCCACGUGAUUACAAUUUAUUAUGCUAUAUAUAGGUUGAUACAGUAAUGACAUUAACACAACACAGCAUCAGUUUCAUUUAAACCAUGGUAAUGGUUUAAAUGUUAAUUUGCCUUUCCUUAAUUCUGAAAUACAGAUGGCAAAGGAUGUUUGGAGGUUUGUUUCUUAUAAAAAAUAUGUUUGAAACAUUUUUCUAUUGAUUUUUUCUUCUUCAGUGUAUUCCAUUGUAGUAUCAAAUUCAGGUUUUUAAAAAACAAUAUUCUAUACCAUUUAGGGAGAGCAUAUCAAAGGAAGUUUGCCUACAUAUUCAGUCUUUGUAAGACAUUGUGAUGCUUCCACUAUGUGAAAUUUCAUAGUAACAAAACAUUGGUUUUGGGAUAUAUAUUUUAUAGAUUUUGGAACCCACUAUUUCAUGACAACUUUUAAGUCUGAAGCUACUCACCCACUGACACUGAUGAAAAGGGCUCAGGUCUAGGCGAGGAGAAAAAAAGACUUUAGGAGCCAAAUUUUAACAUUGUCACAUUUACCUUAUCAGUAUGUGAGCAUGUUUUUCACUGAUAAUAGUCUUUACACACUAUGCAACCUGAAUUCAGUCUAUUGUUGUACAUGCCAUUAAGAUCUGAAUUUGCCCCUAAAUACAUGAUCCUGGAAGUUA